AUGACGUGUACAAAGAACAAAAAGGACAUGAAUGAAUGUUCGUUCAUCGUGCCUCCACCGUGCCCAUUGACCCGGCCAACUGCGGCGACUAUGCUUUCUCAACUAAUGAAGGAUAAGGUGAACUCGGAGCAUCAGCCCAGCUACACCAUGCUGCACUACCCCCUGAUGUACGAAACAGAUGCCGUGGAUGUCGCCAGGGCCUUAGCGGCUAAUUCCGUAGACCUGUUUGUCGCAUUUGGAUACACGGCCUAUAGUGACUACGGGCGGAAGGACUGUCGAAUGGUACCGCCAAUCCUUCAUUCUACUCAGCUACUUGAACCUGGUCUCUUGAAUGGCGCAUACCCUGUUCGUUUGGUCAGAGUGGUAUCAGCCCUUGCGACUCUGAAGAAAGUGUUGAAGAAUACACCUGCCCUCGCUGUGUCACUCGGUAUGGGUGGCCGCUGGUAUGAACCCGCGUACCUGAAUAGGAAUGUAAGCCUUCCUGGCAAUGUCUCUCUCGGCCAUCCCUGCAAGACAACGUCGCGGGGAGAUGCUCCACCGCGACACCAGAUUUCGAGCAUCGCCGAAGCUUGUGAAGACCCGAACUACAACGAAACAUUCAGCUACGACAGCACCUUCAAUUCUUUGUUUGCGUAUGCCAAGUCAGACUUUUUGUUGUUUACGUACGACAGCGCCGACUCCUUUCUCAACAAGAUAUGCGAGACCAAAAAGAACGUGACUGAUCUAAAAUAUAAUAUCGUCGCCGACGACAUUCAGUUCGAUGACAUAGACAACUUGUGUGGCUAUGGCAGCUACUACCGACUUCGUACUUUGAAGAGCUUGUGUGAAUACCUGGCGGAGAACUACACUUCGCCCGAUCGAGAAAGCGCCUGCAAAUCGGUUAUAUAG